CUGUCCCCCAGCCAUUAGCUGGCGCUCUCCAAAGAUCCUUUCACUUGUUAAUUUCUGGCAGAUAUUAACUGGGUUCCCCCGAGGGCUGAUUUCCCGAAAGGACAGUACCGUAACCGGCAAGGUUAUCCCGUGCCCUUUGGUAGACUGCUGCCGGCUGCCUUAUUUGCAUGCCUAAACAGUCUAUACUUUUGCACGGUUUUCUGUCCGUCUCCGGAGAGUUCAAGAAACCGUUUUCUUCUCGGAGGUUGUUUCACUUCAGCUUUUUUGUGCACAUGGGGUUAAAUUGCUUGACAGGUUUUCAAGAUAAGUCUCCAUUAUUAGCACACUGCGAGUUUACUUUAGCCUGCACUGACAGACUUCAAUUUUCCAAUAAAAGUCAGCUUGUAACGAAAUGGCUUGUCACUGUUUCGGAAAAUCCCGAUUGAUUAGUGUGCAAAUUAACGCGAGAAAGUGAUGGUUCUCCGUCUCUAAGUUAAUUUGCUUUUCCCAAAUAAGGCACCCCAACAAACUUUUGGCAAACGGAAAGACCUCUGCCACUCCAAGUCAACCCCGAUUUAAUAAACCCUAAUUACAAUAAAUUCAGUAAACGUUUAGAUGGAGCGCAGUAAACCGUGCCAUUUAAAUUAUCUUUAAAAUGCUUUAAAGAUAAUUUAAUAAUAUGGCAAGGGAACGUCUGCGAGAUCACUAAUCUUCUCCACCGUUACUGAAUGCGCAUUAAGCCAAAGCGUCUUUGGACAGGAGCAUGCGGUCAUAGAUCUGCAUUUAGGAGACCUCCUUGGAAAUAUAUGCCGCCCCAGCUUGUUAUUCAGCCCCCGCACGAUAGUUUCUAAUCGCCCGUAGCAGCUGGGCCGCCUGGUUGUUUGGGAAGCCGGGGCCGGGGCCGGGUCUUUCAAAGCAGCCGAUUUAGGCAGAACAUUCUCCGUUUCCUUUAUGAAUAGGCUGCGAAGAAGCGACUCCGCUCUGAUUUUAAUAUAUUCGGUGACACUGUAUGGAAAUUGAUGUUACGCUUUUAUCGCAUUAAAUAACCGGCUUGUUUUUGAUUAAUACUCUCAUAGAUGCAGUUUUGGUGUAAAUCUGUUGUUUCAUUUUAAGGCAUUUCCCCCCAAAUGCAAUCUUCUGCUAUAAAGUUUAGGGUAAUGUUUAUUUCCUUGUGGAUAUAAUAAUGAUUUAUACAAUAUGUUCCGCUGGUUAUGGUCACCUGUCAACUUAAAAAUAUUAAUAUUAUGAUCUGCCCCUAUAGGAUUUAAGUUUGGCGGAGGGUGUCUGUUUCCUUCGUGUGGUUAUUUACCUUUGUCCUGAGAUGAUAUUUUGACGGAAGCUGUCUCAUUCAUGGGGUUUGAUGAGACCUACCAGGAGCCCUGCCGCAAUGCCAAAGGUGUGGGAUCUGGCCGGGGCUCUUCCGGAAGUGUCUGUGAACCCCAUAACUGGAGUCGGGGUGGUGGCUUCCCGCAAGCGUGCUCCGUCUGGCUACUGCGUGGUUUCACAAACAACAGAUGGCGUCCACGCCGACCUGUGGAAGGACUGCGUAUUCAAAUCCAAGGUCACACGUUACCUCUGUUACACCAGAGCCUUCUCCAAAGAAAACAGCCAUUUAGGGAAUGUUCUGGUCGACAUGAGGCUGAUCGAUGCGAAGGACACGUUGCCGGUGGGCUUCAUCGCCAUCCAGGAAACCAUAGACACUCAGGAGAGAGCCUUCCGGAAGAGGAGGCUCUGCGUUAAGUUCAUCCCCCGUGACUCCACUGAGACGGCCAUCUGUGAUGUCCAGGUCCUCGGGAGGUCCAGGGUUCCCCCACCCCAGUAUACGUUCGUGGGAGAGCUGAACAGCAUACAAAUUUGGUACGGAAUGGGAAAGGUCCCGAAGGCGCAUGAGACCAAGCACGAUCAUCCUGGUGGCACGUGGAGCGAAAUGCAGGCCCCCGGCCCGUCCAGGCACUCCCUCACAACGCCCCCCGCCUGCUUUCAUGGGAAGUCGGCGGCCUCGCCCCCCAUCCAGCAGCACUGCAUCAGCCUGUAUGCCACCUCAGCGAUGGACGGGGUGCCGUUCCUGAUCUCUGACAAGUACAUGCACGUCGCCGCCUGCACUCUGCAGCCAGCUGAUAUCCUGGAAACCACGAUCAAGUCCCUGGCAGAGAUCGAGCAGGAAUAUGAGUACAGUUUCCACACUGAAGAUGUCGCCUUGGCAGGCCUGCCGAGCUCUGAGUGCUGACCUGAGUGCCUUGGGGCGCUGCUCCCAGGAGGAAGAACACAGACACCCUGUGUGUGUGUGUGUGUGUGUGUGUGUGUGUGUGUGUGUGUGUGUGUGUGUGUGUGUGUGU